CCAAACAACUCCCUAACUCCACCAACCAGGGGGUGUGUGUGUCCUGUCCAAUGGCCGUUGGCCAGUGCUGAAAUUGUAGUUCUUUAUUACGUUCAUUAUAUCCCCUCCAGUACCCAAUUGAGACGCAGCACUGUCAUGGAGGAAGCGGUAACAGCCCGUGAUCCAACCCAAGACCCGAACCCACUAACCUCAGACCCACCUCCCCCUUCACAGCUAACACCACCGCCUCAUCCUCCAGCGCCAGCAGCUGCAGCACCAGCACCAGCACCUCCUCCAGUAACGUCUUUUCUCCCUCCCAGUCCCAAAGGCAAGAAAAGACCGCUUGAACUUGAAGGUUAUGACCAAAUCCAACACUGCAGCCACUUCAAGAUGCGUGCUGUUCUCAAAGAUAUUCGACCCCAUAUACUGGAGGUGCUUCAAACAGCGGACUUUCGGAGCUGCAAGGGAGCUGAUGAACUUCGAGAGGGGUUGAAGCUUCUGAUGCAACUAUACAAACAGAUGACUGCUGAAGCAGUUGCCGCAACGAAUCCUAAGAAUGAACCUGAAGAGCAGCCAUUGUCAAGUGAAAACGGUGUUGGGCAAGAACCCCAGGAGCAGCUUCAAGAAGCUAAGCCAGCAGAUCUGCCUCAAUCAGACAGAGUUCUUGCGAAACCACCUGAAAGUAAGGAGGCUAUAGAUCUUGAGGAGCAAUCAUAUUAUAUAGGUGGAUCUGCUUUUGGCUGGAAUUUUGUAACAUUUUCAGGUAAUAGACCAGUCUAUUAUGGGAGAACAAAGGAAUCAUUCCGGGCUGCUCAAGUAGCUUUGUAGGAUAUCAAUGCUUGUUGUUAGUUGAAGGAAAAUAACAGCAGAAUGUUUUGAACAUCACCAAUUACAUUCAUGUAACGGGUUUUUCAGAUUUUUACCAGUUUUAAUUGAGUAAAUGAGUGGUUUUAUAA